GGGUGUGGAGGGAGUGUGAGUAGAUGAGAGCUGACAGGAUGCAGCUUCUCCUCAGCGGGCCUCAUACUCCAUCCUCCGGGCGGUGCGCCCUGCGUUAUGACGCCAGGCCGUUUGACGAGUGCAUUACGUGGGACACAGCCGCUUGGAUCCCGGUUAUGUAAUGCAUCGGAUGCUGCUGCACGCACAGAGAAGUAAAGGGUUAAAAAACCACUGACGGAUGGCUGAUUUAGACGCAAAACUCGGCGUGUUUGCUUAUUUCUGACCGCACAGGCCUCUGUUGUUGGCGAAGAGGAUGAAAGCUGUGAAUCGAUAAGGUACCGAGUGUUCGAGCCCGUCUGGGCAUCAGUGGCCUAUCUCUCUCCCUGAGGUGCAUAGACGUCUGGAGUCUGCGGAAGCUGCACUGCUUCUUUUGUAGCCGAAUAAGGCGCAUCUCUGUUUGGAUUCGUUUUAUUUAUCAGUGGAAAUAAACCAAUGCGGGUUUGUUUCAGGGAAGAAUCACAUUCAGAUUUGUUUCCAAGACGCAGCGGUUCAACCCAGCAGCAGCCACAGAGGUGUAGAGGUACAAACAAUGGCGGGUCCCGAGCAGUCCCAGCAGCAGCAGCAGGUGGAGGAGAAAGCAGAGCACAUAGAUGAUGCUGAGAUGGCCCUGCAGGGCAUCAACAUGCUGCUCAACAACGGAUUCAAGGAGAGCGAUGAGCUCUUCAAGAGAUACAGGUGAUUAUCUGCUCCUUCAGCUCUGUUAGAUGUGCUAUUGCAUGUUGCAUGCUUGAGGAAAGAACAUCAUCUACAUCUGCAUAAAAUUAAAGAAACUAACUGUUACUCAGGACAUUAGGUUUCUGUAUAGUCCUAUGAAGCCAUACAUGUAAAUUAUGCCAUUAAACAUGCACACAAGCCUGCUUGUCACUGAUAAGGGUCUGUCUCCACUGAUGUGUCUUUCUGCACCAUUGACAGACUGGCACUAAAAGAGGGAUGAUAAGAGUGCACGGUGUGAUAAGAAUCAGGAAUAUACCAUCUUCUUAAUCUCACGCAGCCUCUUCGAGACACUUGAUCUCAAGACAUUAUUUUCCUUAUAUUGCAAGGUGAGGUUACAGCUGGGGAGCAGCAAUUACAAUCAAUGUUUAGAAACACUGAGGGAACCUGUUUUAACAACAGUAAACUGCUGUACCAUGAAAGUUAAGUGGCGUUUUCUACAAAGACUGCAUUGCCUUUUGUACUGUAUCAAACAUACAAUCAUACUCUGUUUUUUUAGCAUUCUGGUGAUAUAAUAUAAUAUAAACUAGUGAUAUUUGUUCCUUUAUAUAUUUAUUCAUGUCUUUUUUUUUUUUUUUUAACAAUUUUCAGUACUUAGUGUUAGAUUCAGUAUGAUGAAGGUUCAUCAGUCUCUCAAUCAAGUGUAAUAAAAGUAUACAUAUUUGUUAUUUUAUGAUUAUACAGGAGUGAUGGUUUAUUUGUCCCCUAUGAUAUUAGAAGGGCUUUGGCUGUAUCAGAUCUUCAACUCAGGAUUUUCAUGGCCAUAACAUAAAGAUAUCAUCACAAUAUGUUUUGAAAAACAUGCACAUGAAACACUAUCUGUUAAAUUGAGAAAGAUGGAUGUACUUCAUGUAUUUUGAUAUUUUUUUCUUGUUUUGGUAGCUUUAUUUGUUACAUGGUCAAACUGUGCUUUUAUUGUUAAGUGUUUUACUUCUGGUAGAUCGUGAGUUAUUGAUCUGAAGGAAAAUAGUCAAAUGAAUCACAAGGAAGUACAAAUGUCCGGUUGACUAAUAAACCAAAGAGGUACCAGCUCAGAUGUUGUAUUUGGAUUACAAUGAAUCUUGAAAUGUUCAAUUUUAAAAAUGCAGAAUCAUUUGGCUAGUUUGCUGUGUGCAGCCAAUUAGUAGGUGAUGGCAGCUUGUCUGCCAACACCAAGCUUCAACAUGCUGGCUGUGUGGAAGUAUUUUGAAGCUACUGAAACACAAUAGCAGUAGGCAAUAGGAGGAGGAGCAAAACAGCAAACCUGUAACAAUGCCAAUUCAAUUGUGCAUCUUAACUAUCAUCCUGAAGCACAGAGAGUUUCUGAAAAGUAAGAACAAAAAGCAGUGGCACCAGCUUAAACCUAUCAACAGUCUUUGCAGGGGUCAUUCAGCAAAGCUUCUUUGUACAGAGGAGACCACCUAAAGGGGAAGGAGAUAACCAAGAAAAUUAUUGUGAUUUAAACUCUUAAUGACUAGCCUUGAAGAUGCAAGCUUCUGCAGUCGAAUGGUGAACUUUCAGCUUCUCUCCAGCAGUCUAGAUGAUAGUAUUUCCCAAAUGUUUCCUGACCUGAACUUCAGAGCUUGCGCUCUGCCAAAAAGAGAAGGGUUUUACUGAUAUUACUCAUAUUAGCUUUACUUUAGACAUCUGGACAUUGACUGUUAGUCCUGUCUGCAUGUUGAGUCUCACUGCAUAGUGAAUUGACAUCAGGCUAUAUACAGAAAUAUCUAUUUGAUGUUCAUUUCAAAAGAUGUGUGCAUAUUACUAUUGGUGUCAGUAUUAGUAUCUGUAUCAGCCAAAUGAUUUUGAAAACAUUGGCAUUACAUGUAUUGGCAAAAAUAUUCUGCACCCACAGAAGUGAUGUCACUUGUCAGGGUUUGAUUUAUUGUCUCUUUUUUUCCUGGAUGCAAAGUCAACUGAUGAUUUUCUAGAAAAUAUUCCUCUUAGUUAUUCAUCUUUGUCCCUCCUUUUGUCUCUGCAGGACCCAGAGUCCACUGAUGAGCUUCGGGGCCAGUUUUGUCAGUUUCCUGGUGAGUGUCCUCUCCUCUCAUUUCAAUAUAGCUGUAGAAAAUGCCAAAUGAAAUAUCAGCCAGUGUUAAGAAAUUGCAGAGCAGUGAUUCAUAAAAAUGCAGCAGAGUGAGAUCCAAGCUGAUAAAGUCACAGCUUAUAAGUAGCCCAGUACAAAGACCUGAAAUAACCCAAUCUGUCAGAUUGUUUGUCACCACUGGCAUCCUCCGCAUCCCUCACCAUCCAUUAACAUAAUGGAUGCAUCUUCAUCCUGUCUAAGAACAGAACUGCUUGUUCAGAAAGACACAUUACUGUAACAGUGUGCACAUCACUGCUGGGUGAGGGUGAGUUUUCACAACGUGGUGGUCACACACACACACACACACACACACACACACACACACACACACACACACACACACACACACACACACACACACACACACACACAGACACACAGCACAGCACAGCACAGCACAGUACAGCCACUUGCACACCAUGAAGACAGGGAUGAUGUCAUCCUUUGACCCUGAUAUGCAAACUGGCCCUAAAGGGAGUGGGGGAGGUGACAUCUGACCAUCAUGGUGGGCAUGCUCAGGGCUCCGUUUAGUGCUGCAUGAACUGAGAGGAUGCCUCGGUUACACAAUGAAAUAUCAAAAAGUCAGACCAGAAAACUCUUCUUUAAAUGUCACUCAAAUGUGACUCAGUGCAUGAUAAUUAUUGGUACUUCUGUGAGAGAAGUAACAUUGACUCUGUAUGCGUGGUUAUUUGAUUUCGGUUCAAGUGGACAGUAAGAGGUUAUAGCACCAUGUCAACAAAGACAUGUUUUUGUUGUUAUAAAUGUGUCGGGUCUCUUUAAUUCCAAAAACACAGCUGUACAGAUGUCACUGUGUUCCUCCAUUCAUUGUUAAGCACAAGAGCCCUUUGUCCUUUAUAAGUCUAUUACAUAACACUCUUUCCUUCUUAUUACAAGAUCUUGGGGUUUGUAAGCCAGCUUAAGCAUAGAUCUGUGCUGUUGGACAACACUAUUUAAUAUCAGUGUUUGAUACUUCAUGUCUAUUUCUCCACAGAGACAUCAAGAACCAUUUAAAUACAGUCUCAAAACCCUUGUAUGUGUUUAAAUGCUAAGCUAAAUGCUUACUAAAGAAAAGACGAUUUCAAUUCUGAAUCUGAUCAGUAUGAUAAAACUGCAACAUAGCCCUGAUUUUUAAAGCCGUAUAAAACAAUAUAUCGUUUGAAACUCACAAUUGUGAUAUGUGUGUCUGCAACAGUCACAUCAGGGACGUGCAGUGUCAGUCACAAGACCUGAAACACAUCAUGCCGUCACCACUUUUUUAUUAAACUGUUUAAAAGCAUCCAUCUGAUAUAUCUCUAAUGCUGCCCCACAUCAAAUAUAGAGCACAGACUGACAUGCAUGCAUAGUCUGUGUCUGAGUGUCAUUAGAGCCGAGCUCAGGCGGUCAAAACACAUCCAUAUAGGAUGAAGGGAUUCUUUGUCAAAUAACAACUUUCAUGGGGCUGCUCAUACAGCUGUUCAUUUUUUUAGAUAUUGAUGACGUGUAAAUCAGCUACUUUUGAGAUAAAGGUUCAGGAAGUUAUGUGUCGCUCCACCUGUCACCUGUUUCUCUGGUUGGAGCCACUGUCAGAGGGCUGGACUUAGUGUGGUAAAAGCAUGAGAGAGGACUCCAUCAUUGUUUUUCUGCAUGUUUUAUAGAAUGCCAUGAUGACGUUUGAGGAAGAGAAGAUGCAGAUGGCCUGUGACGACUUGAGGACCACAGAGAAACUGUGUGAGAGUGACAGCGCCGGGGUCAUAGAGACAAUCAGGAACAAGAUUAAAAAAAGUGUGAGUAUGAAUAUGGACAGCUAAAACAUAUGUAGCAUGAACUCUUGCAUUUAAAACUUCGGGGAGGGGAAUUAUAAAAUAAACUUGCAUAAUAUUAACCCAUUCGUCGAAAGCAAAGAAAGACCAUCAGUACUGAUAGUGAUCCUUAACAGUCUUUGUUAAAUACAUUUUACACAGUGAAGAGUCUCAGUAAGUGAUAUAUAUGACCAUUACAAGACAAAAGUGGAAGUAGUACAACUAACACACGCACAGGAAAAAUCAACAAAGAAAUGAGAGGUAAUACUUCGUCCACAGGUGCUGCCAAAAUCAACACAAACUAUAAUUGAGCUCUUUAUUAUACAGCUUAAGGUUAAAGGGAGGGUUCCAGUUUGGUCUCUCUUCAUGUGCUGAAGCCCGUCAGAUUUUAUAAUUUUAUACUUUUUAUUUUAUAUCAUAUUUGUUUUAUGUUUAGGUCUCUUAAUGCUGCUGCAGUGGCUUAAAAGGCUUUCGAGUAUAAAUACAGCUCAACGAAGCCAAAGAGUCAAAUGCAUAACAAACAAAAUAUAAACAAAUAUAACAAAUAGAAGGAGGAAACAAUAGGUCUGAGACAUGGAAAAAAGGAAUGCAAAAACUGUUCAAACAAUACAUUAAAUAAUAGGUUUUGAGAAGAAGACUGACUUUUAAAGGUUAUGGAUCAGAAAAGUACAAUGGCCCUCCCGGGGCCAACUGCACAAAUAUUUCUGGAAGGCAGUUUGAAAAAUGUCAAAGUAAAACUUUACAUUAUAUGCAAAAAAAAAACUGAAAAAAAAAAAAAAAAAACAUUAUAGACGACAUGACAAUAUUUCACAUGAACACAAACUAUAUUUUGAUAAUACUAUUACAUUUAAAAACUUAAAAAUAUUUCAGAAAUAUAAAUGCAUUUCGAAAACACAAACAUAUUUUAAAAUGGUUUUAGGUUUUGUGAAAUGAUUUUUUUUUUCAGUUAAUAAAGUCCUUUUUUUUUUUUUUUUUUUUUAAUGGCACAGAAAUAUUUGCACAAUUGACCUUCAGGGCCACCAUAGAAAAGACUUGAGAAAUUAAAGCAAUUUAAAAAAAUGGAAAAUGAAAACAAAAAAAGGUUUAUAAAAAUCAAAAAAGAAAGAUUUAGCUGGACUGGUGUGGGCUGGAUUUAGACUAACCAAUAACAAAGUCUAUGUAUAAGAAAUAGAAAAGAUCAAGAGUAAGUUUAGAAAUCAUAUAAGAGCGGUUAAAAAAGAAAAAAGAGCUUAAGAAAGCCAAAAGCAGGGGCCCAGCUAUAGCUUAGUUAGGCAAGCCCCCCUGAGGCACAGGUUGUGAGAUCAAAAUCCAGUCUUUGGUGCAUGAACACCCCCCACAUUUUAAGCGACUCUCUCAAGCAUUCCUGUCAAAUAAAGAUCUUGGAAACAAUCUUGAAAAAAAUCACGAGAUAACAACCUUAAAAUCUUCGCACUAACCUUCGGUUGAAAGUUUCCGAGUUAUUUUUGCAAAGUUUAGAAAGGUGUAGCUGUUUAUUUUCUGUGGAAAUCUAAGAGGGUUUAAGGGAUUACAAAAAAAAAGGGAUUACUAAUUUGGCCGAUCCUAAACAAUCAAGAGCCUGUAAAUAAGAUGGAAAAACAUUAAUCCUAAAAACACAGAGGAUGCCAGAGCAGAUUGCAGUAGAGUUGUUGAUUUAAUCAUGAUGUCAAGAGCAGGAGUAUUGGAGGCCCAGAUAUAGACAUGUUCCUCACAAGAAAACAUGCUAUGCCAUGUCAGGAAAAACCCUUGGAGUCACAGGGUGAGAUUAUUACAGUUAAAUUUUGUAAAAGUGAAUUAAGUUUAACUGCAUUGGGACCUCUCAGUGUCACUCAACUUCAGCCAGGUACUGUGAUAAAAAUCAUUUAACAUGAUGGCAGACAAUGUAUGCAUUGAUUAUGUCUGUUUUAGUUACAAAACAGACUCUUAUCGAUUAUAUAAAACAGCCAAAUUUAACACAGGCUACUGCAAACACUGUCAAAUCACACUGUAUGGCCAUUUAAUCACAAUGUGAAUCAGCUUGUAAUCCUUUUUAAUCAAGCCAAAUCAAUAGCUAUUUAAAGCUGCUAUGAAAUGCUUUUUGUUCCUGUCAAUUUCUGUGCCCCCUGUGGUCAAAGUGUUACCACUAUAAUCACUGUGGACCUAAAUGAAUAAAAACAUCACUAAUGACGGAGAUUGACUUGUUAUCAUGGUGUGGACCUGCAACAGCUUUGAAGUUUAGUUAUUUAGUUGACUAAAGGCACACAUGUCUGCUUGUUAAAACUUAAUAAUGAAACAACUUCUAAAUAGCUUCAAAAUACGUCUUAGUGUAGACUUUGUACCCUAAUGUACAAAUUAAACAGAGCUGGUCCAACAGGCCACUUGUGUUAAGUCCUGUUUCACAAUCUCCAGUACAAUACUGGUGGGAUAUAAUAGAAAUCAGUAGCAGCUCCUCUGAGUUUGUGUUGAUUUUGUCUCCCCUCUUACCUCUCUACUGAUCUCAUCAUGUACAUGUUUUUUUUUUUUGUUUCUAGAUCAGAAAUAUUAACCUGUUUUCUUUGAAAUGUCAAACUUUUCUCUCUCUGUGAAUCUGAAUUGUAGACAAUGUCCACUAAAGCUGUUUUAGCAUCAUGUUUUCAAUCACUUUAUCUGACACCUGCCCUACUGUAGUGGUUACACAGAGAUACACGAGUAAAACCUAAUCUGUUUAACCAGAUCUGUUUAAAGAGUUUAUAUAUAUGGAAAGUUGAUGACAUAUUGAACAGAAAGAAUGGGCAGGGAAGUUGUGUGUCUUUUCUUGUUUAAUGUUUUAUUCAUUUAUUGCCGUCUCUAAAAUUGUUGGCUGUGUUUUCAUGUGAAAUUGACUGUCAGGAGUCCUAAUAGGCACCUUGGAAUCUCCAAUAUUUUGAUGUUUAAUUUCCAAUGCCAUCCUUGUAGAGAUCUUCUGUGAUAACUGCCAACCACAACAGCCCCCAACCCCCCCUCCCCCCAUCACAUAUUCGAUCCUCGGCAUCAGGCCUAAUGAUACAGGCAGCAGUGAGCUCAUGCCAAACCCACUCACAGAUUCAAUUAGUACUUCAGUCAAAUGUGAUCAUCAAACUGAGGGAGGAGUGUGUGGCUGUCGGACAGCUCUUAUCAUGCAGGAAAGUGCUUGUUUCUUUGAUGCCAUCUUUUGCUCUAUGGAUUUCGACAUUGAUCAGUGUAUUUAACACUGCAUGUAACAAUGAUAAGGGCACCCUGAUUAUGAAGGAGGCCUGGCGAUACCUGUCUUUUCAUUGGUUAAACUCAAUAACAGUUUAUCAUCAAUUAUCAUAUGCUUAAAGCAGCUGGAAGGAGGUUUCAUUUUCUGUUGAUUUUGGCAGCCAUGAUGGACAAAAGCAGUAGUGUUUUAGCGCGUAUUGCUGUAAAGACACUUAUCUGGCUCGCAUGUCAGGGCUCCGGGAACUAAAUCUUUUUCAGCAGUUUUAGGCAACUUACUUUGUAAAUGUCUUUAAAAUGGGAAGCUAGUCUGGGUCAGCCCACCGUAGAGACGGACAUGGAGCAGCAGGACUAGUUUAGUGACACAGAGCUGCUCUGUCGGUCUGUCUGUGGUGUGGAGGAGCUUCUCACUCUGUGGCUGCAGCUGUAGCAUGACACGGUGUCUGCAGGAGUCUGCUGCUGCAAGACCUUGUCACCGUUUGUGUAGUGACAGUAACAUGCCAGUUUUCAGUGCAAAAUCAAGAGAAAACCACUAGCUCCCGAUUUCCCCGUUCUCACUGUUUAGAAAUAGCUUAUCUUCACACAGAUUGGCUCAUUCGCUGUUGCAGGUGACAGGGGGAAAUCAGCAGAAACGAGAGAUUUUCUCAAAUCUAGUUAAAAGUUCCUUACAGGAUGUUUAAGUUGUCGUUUAACUUAAUUUUAAGUCUUUUUACUUUUAUCUUAGGUAAACAUGAUUUAAACCAGCCAUAAACACACUGAAUAGAGCACAUUUAUGUUGAAAAUGAAGUCUCUCUCUAAUGCUGUCUGAGGAAAGAGCACGUGCAGAGGGGCUGCCAGCUGAGCUGCUGUAAGGUGCCAAACAUGUUUUUGGAAAGGAUUUCAUUGUUCUAUCGUGUAAGAGGUUUUGUACAUCAGAAGCUAAGCUCUUUCUAUCUUUAAAAAACCAGUGGUAGUUAAUUAGAGGUCUCAAACUUAGACUGGAUUAGGGAAACGUCAUCUUGAGGGAAGACCACUUUAAAUUUCACGUACCACAAAAGAGCAGCACAUUUCUGAAAUGUGUUUUAAUUUUCUGUUUUAUUUUUUCAAAGUUUAACAAAAAUAUGCAAACAUCAGUUAUUAUACAUUUUUAUAUUCAUUUUUUUGUUGCUGUUAAAGUGUUGCCCAUUGAAUAUCGCCGUGUGUGGACAAAUGGACAGAAGAGGUGCACCAGGUGUUAUAAAAGAAAAGUUUUACAUCUAUACACUCCAAACUUAAGCAGUUGAAGGCCUAAACAAAAGAGCAGGUGAUCAGACAUCUUCCCAAAAGUUUAUAUUAUUUAAGAAUCACAAACAACAGAGCAACGCCUGCAAGAGCUGCACUGAUUUCUCACAACCAUCUGACAAAUAAUACCCCUCUCUGCUCUACUGUUGCCAAACACCAGCUCUGCUUACAGAGCUACAGUCCUGCUCAAUCUAGGGGUUUAAAAGAAUGAUCCCAUCACUCCUCAGAUUUCUGUAUGCAAAAGAAAAAAAUGCAAGAAAUGUUGAUGUUGAAGCCUGGAUGCCAAAGACAAACAAUAUCUUGGUUCUGCAGUGGAAAUGUCAAACCUUUAAAAUGAAAGAUGUCUGACAAAACUUAACUCAGAAUGACGAGGAAUUUCCCCAGUUUCAUGAAUAUUGACAUGACUUAAUAUCUCUUUGGAGGGUGUUCAAACUACACCUGCCAUGAAAGAACUUGAGAGGCUUUAAGUGUGCACAUCUUCAUAAGUGGGUGCAGUCCUACUUUCUCAGAAAUGAUACCCCCAAGGCUGAGCGCAGGGUUUGCUCCUUUGACUUGUCUCUGUUUCCUGAUUGCUCUGCUCUUUUCUGACGAGUUUAGAACCUCUCCUUACAGAUGGACUCCCAGAGGUCAGGCGUUGUGGUCUUGGACCGCCUGCAGAGACAGAUCAUUGUUGCAGACUGUCAGGUGUACCUGGCUGUACUCUCCUUUGUCAAGCAGGAACUCUCAGGUAAUAAAACCUACAGCCACCAAGAGAAUGACCUUAAACACAAGUCUCCCAUGACAACUAGUGUUCAGGGCAUUAUGUAAUAUGCUGAUGCAUGUCUUUGUGCUGAAUAUAGACUGUGUACAAACACAGUGCUGUGAAUUCCAUGAUGAUAGGACAGGGCAUGAUGAUAAUUUCAAGUGAAAGCAGAUGACAUGUUUGAUUGAAAAACACACAAACUCAAGGAUAAUCUAUGAACAGUUGGUAUUCAGUAUUACUUGUGCAUCUCCAAACAAAAAGCAUCAUAGUCUGACUUUCUGUCUCUGCUCACAGCUUAUAUCAAGGGAGGCUGGAUUCUCCGUAAAGCUUGGAAAAUGUACAAUAAGUGCCACAGUGAUAUCAGCCAUUUGCAGGAGGCGUGUCAGCGGAGGUCCUCUGUCAAUCAGGAGUCUCUCACAGCUGACAACGCAAACCACAACGCACCAGCGGUGGAGAACGGCGUGACAGCUGAGGCCUUGGACCGGCUCAAAGGUUCUGUCAGCUUUGGCUAUGGCCUCUUCCACUUGUGCAUCUCCAUGGUACCUCCACACCUGCUUAAGAUCAUCAACCUGCUGGGUUUCCCUGGUGACCGUCUGCAGGGUCUGUCCUCUUUAGCGUAUGCAAGUGAAAGCAAGGACAUGAAGGCACCACUAGCUACGUGAGUUGACUUUAAAAGCAUUAUUACCCUUAUAUGUAAAAUCAAUCAAAUGCUUUUAAUGGUUUAUAUGAUGUGUAAAUAUAUAUAGAUUUAUACAUGCUUACUUCCCAAUACCUUGUUGUAUUGCAUUUUAGCACACUUAAGCCCAUUGUCUUGGUCUUGAAACAGUCUAUAACUUAGUGUCAGUCACAAAACAGUGGUGAAAACUCAAACAUGACUAUAAAGGUUUAAAAUAUUGACACAUUCUCAGUUGUCCAAUUAAAAAAACUCAUUUGUUCAUUAAUUUGGGCUUCUGUAGGUCUAGUGUAGCUUUAGUUCAGUCACUUGAGUUUAUUCGAACCUGUUGGAUUAUAUGCUCACCACACUGAAUCAAGUUUUUCUGGAUUUUUUCUGUCUUUAAGUCUUUAUGUUUAAACUAGUUGAAGCCUGGGUCUGAAAAUAAACAGACAGAUGCUCCCCAAACCUGCAUCCCUCCAAAUGUAGAGCAGGAGCACUUUGCCUUUAUUAGACGGGAGAGCUGAAGAGAGAGAGAGAGAGAGAGAGAGAGAGAGAGAGAAAAUGCAGGGAGCAGAGAGACAUGCAGUAAAAGUUCACGACUAGGAGAUAAACCAGCAACAAGGACUAUUGCCUCUGUAAAUGAUGCAUAAAUGAAGCCCAGAACUACCAGUCAGUUAAAUCAGUUAAUUAAUAUUGUUAUGAUUAUGUGCCACUGCAUACCUAAUGGCUCCUGCCAGAGUGCACUACCUGGAACAAGUACAGCACAUAAGACAGAUUGCAUCUUGUGACGUGGCACACAUUGGACAUUAAGUUGUAUAGGCUAUGAUUGGUUAAACAAGCACUCAACCGGAGUAUUCCUAACAAGCACAGUCAUGUGGAUGUUAACCUGCGAGGAGCACUGAAGGCUGGCAGCUUAAGCUCAGCUAACAUUAGCCACACUAAGCAAACUAAUAUGACAUAUUCUACCAACAGCCUCUGUGAUCCUGUGCAAGCUGUGCAAAAUUAAUCCUGCGUACUUUGGACUGUUUGUGAGUGUUUUCUGUUCUUUAGAAUUUAAAUUUUCAUAUAAAUAACUAGGGAAUCAGUUGCGUCUGAAUAACCCGUGUAAAGUUAGUGAGAAUGAUGCAUAGGGACAUGCCGACACCUUUUUGUCCAAGGGUGCAGAUUAAGGAUGCAACAUGACAACCAUCCAGAGGUUUCAAAACAGCAGUACCCCUACCAUAGAUCACUGAUAUUGGCAAUUAUUUGGGGCAAACUGAUAAAGAUCAACAGGCAAAGAUUUUAAACACAACACAAUAUACACACACUAAUAAACAGGGUAAGUGCUCAGUGAGGACAACCCUCCUAUGACACCUUCAUCCUUAUGCUUUGAUGACAAGUUACAUAACCUACCACCUGGCCUUCUAGUGGACACAACAACCCAAACAGCAUCACCUCCUUCAUCACAUUCAGGCUCUGUUUAUGUAAGCUCCAUGUCUUUUCAUCACUGAUACUACCUACUUUACCACAUGGCUCUUAAUUGCCCCCACAGUACAACACGUACUGCUGGAAGGUAGGCAGGCCAUGCUAGCUCUCACUGCCUAUGAUACCCACUCACAGGCUGUUAUUGUGUCCUCCUGAAAAAAAAAAUACAAUCGAGAGCCAAACUUUUCUCCAUAAGUCAAAACUCACCCAUCAGUGAAUAAAAGAAGAUGCACCUUUUUUGGACUCAUGAAACAGUUUUUUUUCUAUGAAUAAAUGUAAUUACUACAUAUGACUGAAGUUCUUUACUGUUACCUUGUUUUAACCUCUGUUUUAUAAAGGGUGCUGUAAAAAAAGGUGAUACCUCAGACUGAAAAAUAACUCCCCUGUUGUGUUGCUCAGGUUGGCCCUCUUGUGGUACCACACAGUAGUGCUGCCUUUCUUCGCCCUGGACGGCUCAGGUACACAUGAGGGUCUGAUGGAGGCCAAAGCUAUUCUGCAGAGAAAGUCUGUGGUUUACCCGAACUCAUCCCUCUUCAUGUUCUUUAAAGGACGGGUCCACCGGCUAGAGGUACAUGCAACAACACCAAUCAGUGAUAGAUAAACUGCUCUGUAACCAGACUGUUGAAGCUGUAAAUGUUGUUGAUGUUUAUUUCAUUGUAGUGUUUUAUUUGCUUUGUACAGAUGACAAACUUUUUUCUUACUGCAGAAAGACAGCAUUGGAUUUUACAUCUUCUUCUGUAACCCUAUUGACUAAAACUGACAUGUCAUGUUUUUCUAACUUUACUGCUGUUAUUUAUGUAUAUACUCUCUUUUCGUCCCUAGUGCCAUAUCAACAGUGCUUUGGCCUGUUUCCAUGAUGCACUAGAGCUUGCGUCAGACCAAAGGGAGAUCCAGCAUGUGUGUUUCUAUGAGAUCGGUAUGUGUUUACCCAUUAUGUUACUUUUAUUGUUCUGCACUGUGCACAAACUUUAUAAAAGACAUUCAUGUUCUUAUGCAUUUGUCUUUGUCUCAGGUUGGUGUAGCAUGAUUGAGUUGAAUUUUGAAGAUGCAUUCAGGUCAUUUGAAAGGCUGAAGAAUGAGUCACGCUGGUCACAGUGCUACUACGCCUACUUAACAGGAGGUAAGCCAGCCACACAGUGAUGUAUUUACUCAGCUGGGAUUCGUCUGUUGAACAUGUAAUAUUUCAUGCCCAGCUUCAUUACCUGCUUUCCUGUCCAGAUUUUCAUACCUUCAGCUUUGUCACCCUGGUGUGGGGGUAGUGAUACUGUGUGUAAUAUUUAUGGCUAAGUUGACAAAGAUCAGGUUAUGAAUGAUGCAGACUCUUGCUACAGGCUCAGACCCCUAGUGUGCAGCAUGCAUACCAAUGUUCCUUCCUCCCAUAUUUCUGCUAGGUUAACCCUGACCUUCAUACAGUAAUGACAUGUGCGUUGUCCUGAUAAGCGAUGAGGAUCGAGACGUGGUGCACUAGUUUCUACCCUGAAUCCAACGCUUUAACCCAGAUUUAACUUUUUGGUUAUUUUUUACAGUGUGUCAGGGAGCUGCAGGUGACCUGGAUGGAGCAAGUGGAGUUUUCAAAGAUGUGCAGAAGCUGUUCAAGAGAAAAAACAACCAGAUAGAGCAGUUUGCUGUCAAAAGGGUGAGUAAAGAUGCAGGUUUUCCCAUUAGUUUGUUCAAAAUAGUUGUUUAACAUUGAUUUAAUUGCACAUAAGACAGGUAGAGUCUAGUCAGAAUUUUUUAUGAUUCAAUGAGCAGCACUUUACCCAUUUUAGGUUGUUUUGUACUCUAUUUCUAUGGUUAUCAGCAAUUAAUUUCCAGAGGUACUGGGAGACUGUACAUAUGAACAUAUACCAAAUAGAAGAGUUUUGAUGCGACAAUCUAGUCUGUCUUUCUCUGCUGAAAAACUCAUUACAAAUACGCCUUUACUUAUUUUCUCCUCCAUUUGAUUCCUCUCUGCAGGCUGAGAGAUUGAGAAAAACCUCGCCCACCAGGGAGCUCUGCAUCUUGGGUGUUAUUGAAGUGCUGUAUCUGUGGAAAGCACUUGCAAACUGCUCCUCAUCAAAACUGCAGAUUAUGAACCAAGGUGAGUGUAACCCUAGGGAUCCUUUUAGUGGCAUGAUCAAGAAAACUCACAUUUGACCCCAUGUGACUGUUUCCUCUCUGUGUUUAUUCAGUGUUACAGAGUUUAGACGACACUUCCUGCAGAGGCCUGAAACACCUCCUACUCGGUGCCAUUCACAAAUGUCAUGGAAAUAUGAGAGAUGCUAUCCAGGUAUCAGUCUACAUUUAGCACUGAAUUACACUGCAGUUUAUCUAUACUUCUCAUGUUAUUCAUCUUGCUCUCUGCACAUUUUCUCUAUAAUGCAGGCAUUCCAGCUGGCUGCUCGGGAUGAGUAUGGACAACAGAUCAACUCAUAUGUUCAGCCGUAUGCCGUCUAUGAGCUUGGUUGUAUACUCCUUGCAAAACCAGAGGUCAGUCUUCUGCAUGUGAUGUUUAGAUUAGAUUCAUCAAAAGGUCAAGGAAAUUAUCAUUUAAGAAUUGAAUUACUUAAAGGCUAGACUGCUGCUGUGAGCUGACUUUACUCAAGCUUAAGUUAAUAUAACAGGAACCAUAACUUUAAAUGUCACUGUCAGAAAACAGAAUACAUACAACCGCAAUUUCACCACUAUCAAUUGUUAGUGUUAUCACAUGAAAUUGGCUGUGCUUUCAUAAGGACUGGCCUGGAACAGGAUGUCUGCUUGCUGUGAACCAUAAUCACUGUAAAACACGAAAGACUGGAGUGAUGCUCAUAUAUAUGUAUAUAUAUAUGGUAUUUAUCUUUCUCUGCAGAGCUCUCCAAAGUCUGCUUUUCAGAUGCAGUGAGAUGUAAGGACUGUACCAUCCUUUCUCACUUUGACCAACAGUGUGUUUCACAUACGAUUGUAAUAUAUAAUCAAAUGUGAUAACUUAACUGUAGCCUGAGAUCUCCUGAGGGUGUCUCUUAAAGAUUUUACUUCUGCUGUUUAUCCCAGUGCAGACUGUGUUUUUUAUGUCCUUUUUGUAACACAUGUUGAAGUGCUUUUGCAUAUCAAAUUAUGUGCUAUGUAUAUCUGUUUAUUGAAAUCUCCCAUGACAUUAUUUGCUCAAGUUUUUCCGUGGUGUGACUUAAUUAUGAUUUAUGGUGCAAUUCUCAAGCAUCUACAGCCAAAGUGAGCAGUUUGUAGCUGGUUAUGAAUUAGACUUGACACAGUGCUUUGUAGAAAGUUGUGAUUGUGUGCACAGUUAUUAUUAAAUUUUUGAGGCUCUGCUAAAAAGACUACCAGUAACAAAAUUACGCAUUCCUAUGAAGUUAUUUUUGAGCUUGUAAGCACAAAACCAGGUCGGAUGAGGUGAUUACAUCAAAGCAUGCUUCUCCAGCAGCCUCUGUUGAUAUUUUCCACAGCAAAGGUUCAUAGUGAGCAACGCACUUAUUUUACUUUUUCACCAUCAAAUUGCUGAAGCAAGUACAGCACAAAAUAAGCAAAGACAAAGAAACUUGUGGAUGCUAUGGCAACACAGAUAAUUAUGAUAAUAAGUAUUGAAGUUUGUAUAAGUUCUGGUAUUAAUAUUUGCACAAGUCCAACCUUUUCUUUUUGUGUUUUAAUACAGACGAUGGGAAAGGGGAGAUCAUUUCUUCUUCAAGCAAAGGUAAAUUUAUGUAGAAAUAAUCUCAAUACAAUUAACUGUGAUUUCCUAUAUAAGAUCCUAUAUAAGAUAAAACUUAACUGCAUGUUACUGAUCUAUCUAUCCGUAUUUAUCUGUCUGUCUGUCUGUCUGUACCUUUAGGAGGAUUUUACAGGCUACGACUUUGAGAACAGGCUUCAUGUGCGGAUUCAUUCAGCCUUGGCUUCUAUGAAGGAAGUAGUGCCUCAGUGACUCCUUAAAGAGGAAGCUUCAUCGGCCUAAGCUACUACUAGCUUUUUACACCAAGUUUAAGGACAUUCAAAAUACCCGUAUGAAGUCCCAGUGAGCAAAAUCCUGUGUUUUUCAUGGUUACUGUAUGGAAGGAAAUAACUUGCUGCCAUUGUGCCCAGUCAGAUUGACAUGAAGUUUUCUCUCUGUGCUUUUGUUUGAGGUUUACAAUAUACGUGAAUCCUGUUUGCCUUGCAGAUGGGAGAUGAAAAUUGUCAGCCCAGCUUAGGUUUGCAAGUUCAAGAACUAUCGUAUGCCUAAGCUUUAAUUUUCAAACAGACUUGUACAUUUUGCAAUUCUGUAUUAUUGCAUAUUCAUAAAGAGUGAACUAUGUGAUCUUUGGGGUUUCCACAUUGUAGGUUUUUUUUCAAUUCAAGCCAGCUGCUUCUGCUUACUUUUAGUGCUAGCGCUUGGCAAGGCUAAACUCCCAGCCCUGGCUGCACAGAGAUGAUUCUGAUUAUAGUCUGUGACUCUGGGCUUAAUGACAAACAAGUAUAUUUCACCAAAUGUCUUACUGUUCCUUUGAGUGUUUUCCUGCACCCAAACAUACAGUAUUAAUUAUCUGGUAUCAAUUUUCCUCAUUAACUUGUGUAUUUGAAAGAUUUUAAUCAUGCCACCACUUCCCUCUGACUGUAUAAAAGGAUGGAUGAGGUGUUUCCACCUCCACCUGCUGUAUAAAAGUGAAGCCAAAACACCCCCAUGUUUACAUCAUCAGAGAUCAGUGCUCAGAGCUGCAGUAUUGAUGUAUCACCACCACAGUUUACAAUGACACUAACAAAUAGACAUAGAUAUACAAUCUACAGCUAAAAGCUUUUUGUAAUUAAGUAUUUUCAAGCAAGUCAGGCUGCACUGAAUGAUGCAGGUGACAUAGCCGCACCCCUCUAUGUGGCUGAUUUGCAUCUAAAAAAAUUGUCAAAAGAGCUCAAAAAGAAAAUGUUGGCGUCAGAAAAAUGAGUCAGAUGCAGCAAAGAAAAAUCAAUUUCUUGGAGACAAAGACAGCAGACAGACCAGUCUGAAGAAACCACCAGUCAUCUCCAGAGAAGACUGAAAAAUACUGUUUUGACAGUGAAUCUAAUAGCAUCAUUAUUACUCUUUAAAGAAAUAUAAGACAGGGUUUUUCCUUCAAAUUCAUCUGAAAAAGUAGUGUCAUCUUAUAUCAGGGACUUAGUUAUCAAACCCCAUAGAGCCUGGGUUUUGUAUAACUUUGUGCAUUUCUUUGACACACAGAGGCUUUUCUAUUCCACAGAGACGAUCAAUGAAUUUGUAAAGACUGUCUGGGUCCUAUCCCUCAAAAAGGAAGUUAUCUGUCCUGCAUAGGCCUUUGUAGAAUAAUAUGAGUUAUGUUAUGACUAUGUUAGCCAGAGGCUGCAUUCUUGUCGAAGUCUGUUGACCAAUCAGAGGCUGCAACUGUGAUCAGCUGAGCUUUUAAGGUCCAGUCAGAAGCGAGGACAGCUUUAGAUCGAAAUACUGUUUCGAAUGUGUUCAAUCAACUUGUCAGUACUUUAUCCAGUUUGUGUGUGCUGCAUUCAUUUACGUCAACGUACCUUGUUUUAUUUCUAUAUUUUUAAAUAUUUUCACUGUAAAAUAGCUUUAAAUACCAUAAAUACCCCCAAAAUGGUCUUAAAUAGGGGUGUCAUCUUAUGUUAGUGCCGAUACAUUCUUGGAAUGAAUCAGCAAAAAAAAAUCUGCUUUAUCAUGUCCUGGCUUUAUGAGCUAUACUGCAGUUGGUCAGUAGGAGGAGCUUUGAGUGUUUGGCCUCACUUUUGGCAAGCUGCUUUGUUACCCAUCUUUUUGUACGGUCAGCGCUCCCUCCCUUCUGUUAUUAAGCACAUUAACGUAACUUCUUGACUAAAUCAUAUCUCCCUCCAGUUAUAAAUAUAUGAUACAGGUGGUAGAAUUUUUCACAUUCCUUAAAGAAAUAUAUGCAUAUCUGCUUGUGAAAUUGCAAAAGGGGCCACUUAUUAUACUUAUCUACUUGGAAAAAAUACCAAACUUCUAGUAUAAUCUUGACAAAAUCACAAUUCACCUUAAAUCACAUUUAGUAACAACUAGGCUGCUGUGAGAUAGUUCACAUUGACGUAGGGAGCAAUCCUUUAUUUAUAGAAAUUGGGAAAUCACCACACUUCACAAUGCCCUGAUGAUGUUUUUUAAUGCAGAAAUAUUGGGCAUUAGUUCUGUGCACUAUGCAUGGUUUGGCAGGGUGAUAGUGGCAUUAAGACUGUGUACCUGUAUGUCUAUCCCUGCAGAUACAGAGGUAUUGUAAUACAACAUUGGUACUGUAAAUGACCUGUUGAGGUGCUGCUAAAUGUCAGCCGAUUAAACAUGUGUUACUUGUGGUUUAUUUUAACAGGGUUUAAUAAAACACGCUUUUAAAUUAGUCAAUUUAAAUGAACCAACAAAGCAAAGGUUGUGUAUUCCAAGUGUCACAUACAAAACACUGUUUUACUUUGAAUUUAUAUAUCACAGUUUGGCUGACAUUAUCGCCUACAGUGAUUUAAAAGUGUGAUCGUGAAUGGGAGAGAUUACUUUGAUGUUGAUAAACUUUCUCAAUGCUGUACAUAUGAAUUAUUCUGUACAGGUUAUUGCCUUUAUUAACUAGCAGUCUGAGUCUUUGUCAUGCAAGCAAUAUAAGCAAAAAGAAACAGUGAUUUACAAAGGCUCUCCACAAAGACUUUCUGUGUUUUCAUCCACUUUGAGGUUGUUGAUUUAUUCUGCUCUCACUUAAAGCUGGUCAUAAAAAGCCAGUCAUCAUCCCCUGUGGCUGUUAUGGAUGUAAACUGUGGUAAAUGUUCAGGUGGCCACUGUGCAAGUGGUCUGUGCAGUGCAAGUAAAGUAAUGGUGAAAUGUCAGUAAUUCUCCUGCUGUUCCAAAUACUUCUGUCGCUGAGAGAAACUUUCUGUUGGUCAUGAUAUUUUGUUGAAACUACGAUAACGUCAGGAUUAUGGUGUUCAAAAGUGUCACAUAACUCUACAAUAAAUUGUCCUCCAUUAA